UUUCGAUGCUGGUCGAACAAUUGAAGACCGUAGACGUCAAAGAAAUUUUGUCUCUGCUCGAGGAAUCGGAGUCGCCGAUUGCCUCGGCUUUCAACUUCUUUCAAAUGGAAUUAUGGAAACACUACACCGAAGCCAGAGACAACAACAAGUUUCUCUUCACCGUUUUGAGAUACUUUAAGUUAAUCGCUGAAUCCAAAUCGUUUCAAACAAUUGCUAAAGCCCUUCCACCACUCACCGAAGGCAUGAGAAUGAUUUGGGUGCUCUCGAAAUACUACAGCACCGAAGACAAGAUGGUUCCACUUCUCGAGCGUAUCUCGUGGCAAUUGUGCCAAAACAUCAUGAAGAAUUUGGCGAUUGAAGAUCUUUUUAAAAAACCACUGGACGAAGUAUUGACGAUAACAGCGGACGCUCAUGCAAUGAUGAAAAAUUGGAGAGAAUCGUAUUUGAACACACGCGAGAGCAUCGAGGUCUCGGGGAAGGGUCGACGUUGGGAAUUCGAUCAGGAUACUUUGUUCAGAGAAACGGAAUACAUAGCCAACGUUUGCGACGAUUUGAAUAAGAUUGCGAGUGUUUUGCAAGAUUUUUACAAUAUAUUCGGAGCGGAAUUGAAAUCGAUAAUAAACGAUCCAGCCCAGAUCGACGCGAUAAUAAAAAGGGUCGAAAAACUGACCGUUCCUUUGGAGAAUGCGGAUUUCAACGUAUUCAUGAAGUUCAACAAAGAGAAUUGGGACGCCACGAUGUCGUGGUUCUACGCCGAGGUUGCAAAUCUCGAGAACGAAGCUAAGUUUUACAUCGACGAGUGCUUCACGGUUCUCAUUAGUGCGGAACACGCUCUCGAAGUUUUGCUCAAAUUCAAGAAUAUCAAAACCCGCCAAGCUAUACAGGAACAACUUUUAAUGAAAUUUGACAUCAUAAUGCAACAGUUCAGCAAGGAAAUAAGCAUGAUCGAGAAUAUUUUUAAUCGAGGGAAACGGAACCCUCCUCUGCUGCCACAUCACCCACCGAUCGCCGGUGCGAUUUUCUGGGAGCGCCAAUUAUUUCACAGGCUUAAAGAUCCAGUUUUGAAAUUUCAACGAGUCACCGAGCUCAAAAAUAGCGAAUUGAAAUUAUUUGCUUUUCAACAGUAUCUCAAUAUUGCGAAACAAAUGAAAAAAUUUGAAGAGGCCAAGUUCAACUCGUGGAUCGAAACUACCAGUCCUGUCGUGACUCUUACCAUGAAAAAAAGCUUAUUGAAAAUGACGCCUACGGAUCACGAGAUAAAUCUGAGAACCCAACUGAACAAAGUGGGAACAGGUUCGAGGUUGAGAAUCAUAAGAUCUCGGAGCAAAGAACUUGAGUCAAUUACAAACAUAACUGGACGACAUACCGACGGUGUAAUUUCGAAGCAAAGCAUAGAAACAGGUGGGAGUACAGUCAGCGAACAAAAGUUUUUAUUACCGAGUCUGCGAGUGAUAAGAAGCGGGAGCAAAGGUGGUGAGACGUUGCUGAGAGAACACAAAGCUUCGACGAUUUCGAGCUUGAUGGAAAAGCCGAAGGUCGCUUGGAAGGAAAUAUUGCGGGAUGGUACAACCGUAGAACUGCAGCUUCGUUUCGAGAUCAAUUUUAAUUUCGAUGUAUUUGAAAUAAUUCAAGAGGCUGAAUUGCUGGAGCAACUGGGAUUUGAGCUACCGGAGAUAGUCAGGAACGUUGGAAUCCAAAAAGACAGACUUCGGGCUGAUAUCGAAGCCACGAAAAAUAUGAUCGAUCGAUACAACGCAAUCGUAUCCAAGUUCGACGAAGCCGAUUUACAAUUACUUAACAAAAGUUUACGAAACAUCGAGAAAAAUAUUCACCCUGGAGUCUCAAGGUUGAAUUGGUAUUCCCUCGGGAUAUCAGACUACGCGAUGGAUUGUGAGAAAUUAUUGAAAAGCUUGAGCUCGAUCGUCACUCAGAUCAAUCAAAUGAAGAGGGAUCUCGAUCAGCGUAUCGAGAGGGACAUUCAGUCGUACAAUUUGUUCACACCGACUGAAGAACGAAGUGAAACGGAAGUAGAAUUGAGCCCUUGCAAGGUCGAUCAAUUUGUCCAAAAAUCCACAAUUCCAUGGUCGAAUAUUUCAUUGCACAAGGAAAUAGUCGCACAAUUCGUGUGA